AUGCUAACAGGAACAUAUUAUAUUCCGAAUUCUGUUAAAAGAAUUUAUGGAAAUGCUUUCUGCUUUUCCAGAUUAAAUGAAAUAAUUAUACCUGAAUCUUGCACCCAACUAGAAUAUGGUUGCUUCCAUCAUAUGUAUGAUCUUAUUUACCUGAGAAUUCCAAAGAGUAUUAGCAUAAUUCAUCUGUAUGUCAUUGACAAUUGUCCAAACUUGCGAAAUCUUACUAUCGAAAUGGAAAGUAUUCCUCAACUUGAGUAUCAAUCUGUCCAAAUUAUUACGCUUGGAAAUGAAACAAAAGUUAUAGAGGAUUAUGCAUUAAUAAAGGCUGUGAAUUUACUAUCGAUUAUUAUACCUCCUUCUGUCACAAAAAUUGGAGUUGAAGCUUUCAGAGGCUUGAAAAAUCUUAAAAGUGUGAGAAUUUAUGGUCAGCCUUCAAUUGGGCGAUCAGCUUUCAUGGACACCAAAAUAUCUUGUGGUGUUGACUGCUACUCUUCUCUUAUUGAUCCACUCAUAUCAUCUGGCAUGAAUAACAAGUCUUUCAAUUAUUGCUGUUUAGCGACUGCUCCAAUUAAUGUAAAAUGUUUCAAAUUCUUGUUAGAUUUCCAAAUUUAUGUUUUUAUUAUAUUAUAA